AUCCACACGGGCAGCCACGGUGACGGUUUGAUAGAGUAGUUUGCGACCGCUCAGGCUGUGGCUCGUUGCACCCGUUAUUACAUUGGGCCGGUUAUCUGAUCUGCAACUAUCUUAUCUGAUCCCAGCAUCUCGGUUGCACAUCGGCAGCAAUAUCUAAUUACAUCAUUUGUCGGUUCGGGCACGCGUGCGUGAACGUCAGUGCGGAUCUGGAAAAGCUCUUGCGGCAAGUGGAAGCGCAAACCGAAGAAGCAGUUCUUGUCCUCAAACCACCCUACCCUGUCCACAGUCGCCUGGAGGCCCCCUGCCGCCGUUUGUUUACUUCGGCGCAAUCGAGCAGAAGGCGCGAAUACACCCUCCGGUCCUUCCUUUAGUCCCAAUGCGCCUCAACAGCCGUCAAUAGCGAGUGCGAGUGCUGGAGGUUUGAACACCACCACAGGUCACAACAGGUCUCGUACAACUGCGGCAGACACCAUGUUCGCCCACUGUAGAGGCCCGUUCUGGGGCAGAGACGACUUCUCGAGGUGUUUCGAGCAAGACUAUCUUCAAACACUAUUCCCUCUCAUAGUAUGCGGAAUAUCCGUCGUUUAUCUACUGGUCCAACUCUAUGUCGCCGCCACCGCGUCCCGAUACUACCACGCCUACAGCGUCCUCGAAGACCCCUCCAAUGUCUGGUCUUUCCGGAGUCCUCGCUACGAUGGCGACGAAGCCUACGAAGAUGCCGAAGACGACCUUGAUCGAAACGAAGAUCUCGCGCUUCAUGCCGUCAACACAGUCUCCACCAUGGCCGUAGACAAACCCCGCGGAGAGCUCACGGUCGUCAUACUCGAGGAAGUGGCGGUACUGGCUCAGCUGGCACUUCACGUCGCUGUGAUGGUCACCAAUGUUUGGGGCAGGCACGGCAAGCUUGCGGCCAUUGCCAAUGUUGCUGUCUGGGCCUACAUCGCCACCCUGGCUUCGCUGCGAUUGCUGUUCUCCAGCACCAGCAGAUUCUCGUUUCCUAAGCUGUGGUACCACACUGCCUUCAUUUACGGGUUCCAAUGGGUUUUCAGCGUCCUCCUGUUCCGGUCGGCCAUCAUCCACCCGCGAUCGCCUCUACACCGGAAGCUCAUGAUUGGCGAUUUUGUCCUCGUCUCGCUACUAUUCCUCAUCUCUUUGUGCUCUAGGAAAGGCAACAAGGCGGUGGAGCUAGAGUAUGAAGGCGACAUCGCGCCAGCCCGGGAACCUAUCGCCAGUGUUUUCUCGCUUGCCACUUUCAGCUGGGUCGAUCCGAUCGUAUGGACAGGAUACAAGAAGACAUACGAGCUUACCGAUGUCUGGAACUUGCCUUCCAAGGACAAGGCUGCAGCUGUCAUCGCGAACUACCGUCAGGUCAAGAAGACAUCCGGCUUGGCCUACCAUCUUUUGAAGCAUUUCAAACGUGGUCUACUCAUACAAGCAGGUUGGGCUGCCAUUUCUGGUUUCCUCACUUUCGCCCCGACAUUGCUUCUCAAGGUCAUUCUCGAAUACGUUGAGAAGCCCGAACAGACCCCUGCCAAUGCCGCCUGGUUCUACGUCAUUCUACUGUUCGUUUCAGGCAGUCUAUCUGCACUUGCUGACGGCCAAGCGCUGUGGCUCGGUCGAAAAAUCUGCAUCCGCCUACGCGCUGUCAUCAUUGGAGAAAUCUACGCAAAAGCACUCAAGCGUCGAGCAGCUGCUACUACUGAAAAGGCCCUGGGCGAGGAAAAGAAGAAGCACGAACAAGAUGAGGAACCCAAGGGAUUGAAGCGCAUCUUCACCUUCGGCAAGAACAAGAAAAAGGCGACUGGAGCCUCGAAAGAAGAAGAAGCAUCGAAACCAGAAUCCGACGCUCAGGUCACCACCGGUGCCAUCAUCAACCUUAUGGCUGUCGACGCUUUCAAAGUCAGCGAGAUCUGCGCUUAUCUACACUUCCUCUGGGCUAAUACCCCAGUCCAAGUUGUCGUGGCUAUCUUCUUGCUCUACCGUAUCUUGGGUUACAGUUCGAUUGCUGGUAUUGGUAUGAUGGUUUUCUUGCUCCCGAUCAACAUGUAUGUUGCGCGACAAUUCUCCAAGAUUCAGAAACUUAUUCUCGCGGCCACCGAUGCCCGUAUUCACACGACCAACGAGGUCCUCACCAACAUCCGGAUCAUCAAGUUCUUCGCUUGGGAACAACGCUUCAUUGGUCUGGUCAACGAAAAGCGGUACGUUGAGCUCAAGCAUCUGCGACGAAGAUACAUUCUGUGGGCGGUAGCAGCUACGAUAUGGUCGGGCUCGCCAGUCUUAAUCACAUUCUUGUCCUUCCUCGUGUACACGAACGUUGAACAUAAGGCGCUCAUUCCAUCUGUCGCAUUCACCGCCCUCUCGCUUUUCCAAAUUCUGAGGAUCCCGCUGGACCAACUCGCAGAUAUGGUAGCGCACGUUCAAGAAUCCAAGGUCUCGGUCGAUCGUAUUGAGGAGUAUCUGUCUGAACCCGAGACGGACAAAUACUCGCAGCUUGUAACUCAGAAGAAGGAUGAAGAUGGUCAAGCCAUUAUUGGGUUCGAGAACGGCACAUUUAGCUGGGGCGGAACUGACAUGGCAGAUCAGGCGUCAGCAGAUGCUUUCAAACUGAUGGAUCUUAAUCUGAAUUUCCGUGUCGGCAAGCUCAACGUUGUUGUUGGACCCACUGGCUCUGGAAAGACCUCGUUACUCAUGGGUCUACUUGGUGAAAUGACAAAGCUCAAGGGCAAUGUCUACUUGCCAGGUGGACUUAGCCGAGAGGACCUGACUCCCGACCCUGACACUGGACUCACUGACAGUAUAGCUUACUGCGCUCAGCAAGCUUGGCUUGUUAACGGUACGGUCAAGGAUAACAUCGUAUUCGCGAGUCCAUGGGAUCAGAAGCGCUACGAUGAGGUUCUCGAAGCCUGCUCUCUGAAGCGAGAUCUUGAGAUCCUUGAUGCUGGCGACGAGACGAUAGUGGGAGAAAAGGGUGUUACGCUCUCUGGAGGCCAGAAACAACGAAUCUCAUUGGCCCGUGCGUUGUACAGCAAGGCUCGUCACGUCCUUCUUGACGAUGUUCUGAGCGCUGUCGACGCCCACACUGCGAAAUGGAUCUUCCAUUACGCACUUCACGGACGACUCAUGGCGAACCGAACUUGUAUCCUCGUUACACACAACGUCAGCCUCUGUUUGCCACACGCAGAGUUUGCUGUUGCACUUGAGAACGGCCGAGUGGUCGCACAAGGCACAGCAGACGAGGUCAUCAACUCAGGAAAGCUUACCGAGGAUCUUACUAAAUCACGGCCCGCAUCAAGAGGAGCGUCCAAACCUCCUUCCGAAGAGCUCUCAGAUGCUGGUGAGGAGGCGAACGGCGAUGCCAAUCACGCUAACGGAUCUGCUAACGGCACCGCAAAUGACAAGCCGGACGUUAAGAAGAAGCCAGCCAGCAACAGUCAGGAUGAGAAGAAGGCAGAGGGAGGCGUUAAGCUGAGCAUCAUCACCAUGUAUCUUCGAGCUAUGGGCCCCUGGUACUACUGGCUUGGUGCUACCAUUGCUUUUGUAGCUGCGCAAAUCUCUUCGGUAUCUACUAAUCUCUGGAUCCGCACAUGGGCAAACGCGUACGCAGAAAAGGGCUAUGCUGUGACGAGCAACCAUCACCAAUCUCCGGUAACGCAUGCUCCGACAAUAAGUGGUAUGGGAACAUGCAUGAACAGUGGCACCUGCAGCUGGAACAUUCCUUUCUUUACGCAACCGGAGCAGCAGUCAUACGCCUACAACACUAUGCAGACUACCUUCAGUGCGCCGAACCCAGACGUCAACUCUGCCUACUUCCUGGGUGUCUACGCCGUUCUUGGACUCAUCUUCAUGUUUAUCACCUUCUUACGAGAAGGUUUCCUGUUUGGAGGGUCUCUCGCUGCAUCCAAACGCAUACACGAACGACUCAUUCAAAAGGUUACGCAUGCCAAGUUCCGCUUCUUCGAUCAGACACCACUCGGUCAGCUCAUGAACAGGUUCUCCAAGGACAUUGAAUCUGUCGAUCAAGAGGUAGCGCCAGUCGCCAUUGGUGUUGUCCAUUGCUUCGCUUCCAUCAUCACGAUCGUCAUUCUUAUCUCGAUCAUUACUCCUGGUUUUCUAAUAGCAGCCUUCUUCAUCUCCAUCCUCUACUUCCUCAUCGGUCGCUUCUACAUCAACUCGUCCCGCGACCUGAAGCGACUAGAAUCCGUACAUCGAAGUCCGCUGUAUCAACAGUUUGGCGAGACACUAUCCGGCAUGACGACUAUCAGAGCCUACGGUGACGAACGCCGCUUCAUCCGCGAGAAUCUGACGAAGAUUAACACUCAACAUCGUCCGUUCAUCUAUCUCUGGGCAGCUAACAGGUGGCUUGCGUUCCGAGUAGACGUCGUCGGUGCCAUGGUCGCCUUCUUCUCCGGAGCUUUUGUUGUGCUCAGCGUUGGACGCAUUGAUGCAGGUGCCGCAGGUCUCGCACUUACCUAUGCUGUUACCUUCACUGAGAACGUCUUGUGGUUCGUCCGUCUCUACUCCGCCAAUGAACAGAACAUGAACUCGGUCGAGCGUGUCAAGGAGUACCUCGAUGUCGACCAGGAAGCUCCAUCUGUCAUUUCGGAGAACCGUCCACCAUCCAACUGGCCAAGCAAGGGAUCCGUAGAGUUUAUCAAUUACAGCACGCGAUACAGGACUGACUUUGACCUUGUCUUAAAAGACUUGACUUUCAAGAUCCUUCCAGGCGAGAAGGUCGGUGUCGUAGGCCGAACGGGUGCCGGCAAGAGUUCGAUGGCACUUGCCUUGUUCCGGGCAUUGGAGGCUGAGAAGGGCAAGAUCUUGAUCGAUGACAUUGAUGUUGGUACGAUCGGCUUGCAUGAUCUGCGGGAGAACGUCGUCAUGGUACCGCAAGAUCCGACACUAUUCACAGGCACGAUCCGAAGCAAUCUCGAUCCUUUCUCUAUCUUCACUGAUGAAGAAAUCUACACCGCACUGCGCGAAGUCAAUCUGAUUUCUACUCUAUCACGCCCUACAUCCGGCUCUGUCACUCCUACUGGAGUAACCACCCCACCUCGCGCUGUCGAAAUUCCUGUCCCCACAACAAAUGCCGUAACAGCGGAUGUCAACGGCAGCUACUCAGCCGCUACCACAAACCCCGGGUCCAUUCUGGCAAACCGCGACUGGGAUCGUGGUGAAACGCAGGAAGAUACUGUUGUGGUCAUGCCUGAUGGGCGUGCUGUGGACCGUAACGAUGCAGCGGCACAAGCUGCGAUGGAGGCCGACAACAAAAACCCAUUCAAGAACCUCAACUCGCUGGUGUCAGAAUCUGGUUCCAACCUGUCACAAGGUCAACGACAACUUUUGUGCCUAGCGCGAGCGCUAUUGAAGGCACCCAAGGUUCUGCUGAUGGAUGAAGCCACAGCAUCCAUCGACUACGCCACCGAUGCGAAGAUCCAAGAAACCAUUCGUCAGAUCAAGAACACAACCAUCACGAUAGCGCAUCGUCUGCAAACCAUCAUCGACUAUGACAAGGUCCUUGUUCUGGACAAGGGUGAAGUCAUAGAAUACGGCCACCCCUACGAUCUUGUCCGAAAAGACGGCGGUUCAUUCCGAUCCAUGUGCGAAACAAGUGGCGAGCUAGAAAACUUGACCACUACAGCAAAAACAGCGUACGAAUCGAAACCUACUGCAGCUGCCGAAUAGAGAUCACAGCUCCGGUUGUAUGAUCGUUCAUGACCGUCCAGCAUUCUAAUACGUGCCCCGUAGAGAAGGGUCUGGGGAUGAGAAGGGAGUUUCAAAUUUAGACGGUGUUGGAGAAGAACAAAAAG